UGACAAUCAACAUCAACAAUAUUCGGCACUUCGGCUUCGGCAGUCGACUCUUCUUCAAUACACAGAACACACGACACACUCACACAGAUGUUUUGAGGUUAUGCUAUUUUAUUCUGUAAUCUAGUUGAAUUAUAUUAUUAUAAACUGUUGAUAUCUCACUAUUAUCUUAAGAUCAGGCAUCAAAAUGCCUAAAGUCAAAAAAGAAAAACAAUCAAGGCAGCAUAAUGCGAUCGCAAAGCAAGGUAUAUUGUUCAAUAAAGAAUUUGGACAACAUAUACUCAAGAAUCCUCUAGUCAUCCAAAGUAUGGUUGACAAAUCUGCUCUCAGGUCCACAGAUACUGUUCUUGAAAUUGGUCCAGGUACGGGAAAUAUGACCGUCAAGCUUCUUGAGAAAGUGAAGAAGGUUAUUGCUUGUGAAAUAGACACAAGGCUAGUGGCUGAACUCCAAAAGCGUGUGAUGGGCACACCAUUCCAGCCCAAACUUGAAAUCAUCAUUGGAGAUGUGAUCAAAGCCGAGUUGCCCUUCUUCAACGUGUGCGUUGCCAACAUCCCCUACCAAAUAUCUUCUCCUCUUGUCUUCAAGCUUCUGCUACACAGGCCGCAUUUCAGGUGUGCCAUCCUCAUGUUCCAACGAGAGUUCGCCUACAGGCUUGUAGCAAAGCCGGGAGAUAAACUGUAUUGCAGAUUGUCGAUAAACACCCAACUUCUAGCAAGAGUUGAGAUUAUUAUGAAAGUUGGAAAAAAUAAUUUCAGGCCUCCACCUAAAGUGGAAUCGAAUGUGGUUAGGAUAGAGCCUCGCAAUCCUCCUCCGCCAAUAAACUACUGUGAAUGGGAUGGAUUGACUAGGAUUGCCUUUAUCAGAAAAAAUAAAACUUUGAGUGCAGUAUUCAAACAAACUUCAGUCUCCACACUACUCGAGAAAAAUUUCCUAAAGAACUGUUCAUUGACGAAUAUGACUGUGCCCUCAGAUUUUGACAUCAAACAAAAAAUAGAUGAUGUCCUCACAAGUUGCAGUGCAGCAGAAAAACGAGCUCGUAACAUGGACAUUGAUGAUUUCUUACUAUUACUUCACGCUUUCAACAAGGAGGGAAUCCACUUCUUAUAGCACACGUCUCAAAAGGUCUUGGGAUUCUUUCUCGAGCAAAUAAAAUGUUUUAUAUUAUUAUUCUAUGAGAUCAAUAAAAUACUCAAUUAAUACUUGAA